AUGAACUCAGCCUACUGUCUUAUUUCCAGCGGGGACUUGCAUUUCUUGCCUUGUCCAACGGAUACAGAUGCAGUGAACUCCCAACCUCCAACUGCUCGCUUGGCUGACAGCUACAGCGACUUCUUGAACAACAGAUCCAUGAUAUCCUUGACAAACGACAAGUUUCUUCAGACUCCGGGUCUGAAACCCGGGUUGGCUUCCGCUAUCUCAGCCGAGAAUUCAAGCAGCGAUUCGUUGUCUUCAUUUGGGUAUCCUAGCGAGGUCAAUCUCCACCAGACCAUUUCAGAGAGACAAAUUUCAGCACCAACCUAUCCUAUUAUUAGAGGAACUCCAGCCGAGUCUCAUGUCGACCCCAAAUUGGAGAACCUCUUAUCGCAUUACUCCACACAUUCAAUGCUUCUCCCCGAGGAAUUUGUUGCACCCUCUAAUCUGGGUUCUCCGGCUGAGCAGCAGGCGGUCAUCACUGAGUUACUUUUCAAGGUGUUUCCUCAUUGGAGGAGUUCGAGCACCAGCACCAUAGAAAUAAAACAGCUCACCGGUGGAAUUACGAACAUGCUGUUGUCGUGCAAGAGGACAACUCUUGGUUCUCGAAAGCCUGAAAUUGUUUUAGUGAGGACGUAUGGCAGAGGUACGGACUUGAUCAUUGAUAGAGAUCGCGAGUUCGUUUCACAGCUGUUGCUAAACUCUUUGAGCCUGGCCCCUCCCAUAUAUGCCAAGUUUGGCAACGGUUUGGUCUAUGGAUACAUACCGGGACGAUCUCUUUUAUCUCAUGAAAUGUCUCACCCCUUACUGUACCCACUAAUUGCCCAGAGACUUGGCCAAUGGCAUUCUCUACUCAGCGAUUCUGAGAUCGAGGAGAGCAUCACAAAGCUGAAGCGUUUCAACACUAAACCGGGAGAUAAGAGAGAGAAUACCCCCAGAAAUAUCUGGGAUCUGAUGAGUUCGUGGAUUGACAUAGUCCCCGAGAACGACGGACUAUGUGGUGUUUGCAAGGACAAUAGGGACAUACAGGAGGCCCCUGAAGGGGCCUCCUUGAAACAGGUUUUGAGAAAAGAGAUGGAAUGGGUUUUGAGUGAAAUCGGUUCGAAAUCGCCGUUUGCUACGUGCCAUUGUGAUCUCUUAUCGGGCAAUAUCAUAAUAACACAAUCUCUUUCAAAAGCGUUGCAGGUUGGUUUACGAGAAGGCCUCUCUCAUCCUCCACAGAAAGAUGAUCUUACCUUUAUCGAUUAUGAGUACAUGAUGCCAGGACCAAGAGCUUUUGACAUAUCCAACCAUUUCAUGGAGUGGCAGGGAUUCGAGUGUGAAAAAUCGCGCAUCCCAGAGCCUACUCCACAAAACUCGUUACUGAGAAAAUGGUCCAAGGCUUACUUGUCUUCCAGUGGGUCAGAUGUCUCUUCUCAAGAAAUUGAUGCCCUCAUAGAAGAAAUAGCUCUAUUUUAUGGAAUGCCUGGGUUCUACUGGGGAAUCUGGGCUGGUAUUCAAAGCGAUAUUUCGUUGAUUGAUUUUGACUAUUCAGGAUACUCAUGCACGCGACUGGGGGAGUAUUGGGACUGGAAAAGGAAGUACCUGAAGAAAUAA